AAAUCGACGAGUUUUAAUGAAUAUAAGUACCCGGAUGUACAGACAAGAACGCGGUGGUACUUUAAGAUAUUAGGGAUGUUGAACAAUAAAUGACUAAUGCUUUAAUACCACCUAAAAGUCAACAAGAGGAAAACAACAAAACGACAUCAUGGGGUACUGAAUAGGUACCACUUUCUCAAGAGGACAAUGAGAAAAAUCCUUAAGAUUCCGAUGAUGUAAAAGAUAUGAGACGCUUCAUGAAUUCAGUGUUAGAAAUAGCACUUUUCUUCGCCUUGAUAGUAUGUAGAAUAGACUUAACCAAAGGUGGAUACACAGCGACUGUACAGACAAGUAGCGACUGGUACGCUGGUACGGACGGAGACGUAAAGAUUAGAGUAUACGGAGUCAAGACCGGUUAUUCUACUUACGACACGGGGUACAUCUUGCUAGAUAGUGCUGCUAAUGACUUUGAAGGAGGAUCGACGAGAGCGUAUUCUCUGGGAAGCUAUGACGCCGGUUACGUAUACCAAGUGAUCAUUGGAUUCAGUACAAGUUGUUGCUGUGGAUCGGAUUGGAAACUUAAUAGGGUAGUGCUACAGGAUAAUCUCCGUAGUAUCACUUACCUCUUCAACUAUUACAAUUGGGUCUACUGUGACAACUGGGUCACCUUCACUCAUCCAGUGAAUGGUAACUGGGCGAGCUGGGGUUCCUAUGGCUCGUGUAAUAGGGCUUGCGGUGGCGGUCAGAAAACGAGAACCAGGUCAUGUACCAAUCCUGUACCGAAGAACGGAGGUAAUAGCUGUUCAGGAAGUAGCGGCCAGACUAUAGCGUGCAACACACAUUGUUGUCCAGUGAAUGGAGGAUACAGUGGAUGGUCGGGAUGGGGGUCAUGCAACAAAGCAUGCGGGGGAGGUCAGAAAUAUGCAUCCCGAACAUGUACGAACCCGUCCCCUUCCUGUGGUGGAAGCUCCUGUGGAGGUUCUUCUACGAAAUCAUCUUUGUGUAACACGCAUUGUUGUAGAGUAAAUGGUGGAUGGCGGAUCUGGAAUUCGUGGCAAUCAUGUAGCAGGGCCUGCGGUAGUGGAACACGUGUUCGGACAAGGUCAUGUACCAAUCCAUCACCAUCCUGUGGUGGUUCGUCGUGCUCCGGGUCUUCUACAUCAUCAUCUAAUUGUAACACUCAUUGUUGUGCAGUGAACGGUGGUUGGCGUAGCUGGAGUGGCUGGCAGUCAUGCAAUAAGGCGUGUGGCGGAGGGAUACGCUCUCGGACUAGGGCGUGUGACAAUCCCUCGCCAUCUUGCGGCGGAGCUACUUGUUCCGGGGUUUCUACAUCAACGUCCACUUGUAACACACAUUGCUGUCGAGUCGAUGGUGACUGGGGAGAUUGGGGUGCGUGGCAGGCAUGUAGCGUGGCUUGUGGUGGUGGGACAAAAUCGAAAACAAGGUCCUGUAACAACCCGGCGCCAUCUUGUGGAGGAGCGACGUGUAUCGGCUCGGCGACAUUAACGUCCAAUUGCAAUACACACUGUUGUGCAGUUAAUGGCGGUUGGAGUACCUGGGGAGUUUGGGAUGCAUGUAGUCUACCAUGUGGUGGUGGUACUCAAUCAAGAACUAGAACAUGUGAUAACCCAGCGCCAUCUUGUAGUGGAGCAAGUUGUUCCGGUGAUCUGACGUCCACAUCUGCAUGUAACACCCAAUGCUGUCCAGUUGACGGGGGAUUGUCAUCAUGGAGCUCGUGGAGUGUGUGUACUGCUGUAUGUGGUGGUGGACAACAGACCCAGACAAGAACCUGUGAUAAUCCUACCCCAUACUGCAGUGGUAACUCUUGUAUAGGUGUCACUACCAACUCCACAGACUGUAAUACGCAUGCGUGUCCGAUUGACGGGGGUUGGAGCGUAUGGGCAAAUGGUACAUGUUCGGCGUCGUGUGGACCCGGUAUAGAGACGCAAACUCGGACGUGCACGGACCCAGUCCCCGCCCAUGGUGGUGCAGACUGUCUGGGAGAAUCCACACGGAACCUGACAUGUGACAUACAGCCGUGUCAUGGUACAUCAACAAUUGGAGCCACAACUCCAUUAAAUACAGACACAACUAUUGAAGCAACAACUUCAUUGUGUACAGACACAGAAAUUGAAGCCACAGCUCAAAUAAAUUCAGCCAAAGCAGUCGAAGCCACAACUUUAUUGGAUACAGCCAUAAUAAUUGAACCUACAGUUCCGUUAAAUACUGUCACAGCAAUUGAAUUAACGAAUUCAUUGGAUACAGACACAACAAUUGAAGCAACAACUCCAUUGGAUACAACCACAGCAAUUGAAGACAUAACUCCAUUGAAUUCAGCUAUAGCAAUUGAAGCCAUAGCUUCAUUUGAUACAGCUACCAUAAUUGAAGCCACAAAUCCAUUGGAUACAGCCACAACAACUAAAGCCUCAAUUCCUUUCAAUACUGUAACAGCAACGGCCGAAUCAACACUUCCAUUGGAUACAGCCAUUGAAGCCACUGUUCUAUUGAAUGAAGCCACAGCAAUUGAACCUACAAAUUCAUUAGAUACAGACACAACAAUUGAAGCAACAUCUCAUUUGGAUGCAAGUACAAUCACGGCAAUUGCAACCACACCUCCAUUGACUUCAGCCAUAUCAGUUGAACCCACAACUUCAUUGUAUGUAGCCACACUAACUGAGGUCAUAUCUUCUUCAGGUACAGACCCAACUGAAGCUACAACUCCAUUGAACACUGUCACAGCAAUUGAAGCCAUAACUUCAUUGAAUACAGCCACCAUAGCUCUGAACACAGCCACAUCUACAACUGAAAUAAAAACCACAACAUCACUAGAUACAACCACAAUAAUUGAGACCACAACUCCAUUGGAUACCACCACAACAAUUCAGGCCACAACCUUAGUGGAUACAACCACAUCAAUUGAGGCCACAACUUCACUGGAUACAACCACAACAAUUGAAGCCAUAACUCCAUUGGAUACAACCACACUGAUUGAAGCCACAACUUCACUGGAUACAACCACAACAAUUGAUGCCACAACACCAUUGGAUACCACAACAAAUGAGGCCACAAACUCAUUAGAUACAACUUCAACAAGUGGGGCCACAACUCUAUUGUAUACAACCACAAUACUUGAGGCCACAACUCCAUUGGAAACAACAUCAAUAAUUGAGGCCACGACUCUAUUGGAUACAACCAUAACAAUUGAGGCCACAACUCCGUUGGAUAAACCACAACAAUUGAGGCCACAACCUCAUUAG